CGAGGCCGUUUCCGGUUUCGCUGACGUUUCCAUGAGGACGUAGUCUGGCACGCGCUGCUCCCGCCGCUGUCACAGCCUGUUGCUGUCCGAGUGCGCGCGCGGCUGCUCUGUUCUACAGGCUCGACCCGGUUCCGUUCUGACGUCAUGCCCACAGCCAGUGAGAACGCUCUGUUUGGGAUGGGUAAUCCCCUGCUGGACAUCUGUGCCGUGGUGGACAAAGACUUUCUGGACAGGUAUGGCCUGAAGCCCAAUGAUCAGAUCCUAGCAGAAGAGAAGCACAAAGCACUGAGGAGGAAUAAAACAUUCUGUACAGUGGAAGGUUUGGUGAGUGAUAUGACUACUGUGAGAAACACCGCCACCUGCUGGUUUGAUGAGCUUGUGAAGAAGAGUAAAGUGGAGUACCAUGCAGGCGGCUCGACACAGAACUCUGUUAAAAUUGCACAGUGGAUGAUCCAGGAGCCCCACAAGGUGGCGACGUUUUUCGGCUGUAUAGGGAAAGAUCACUUUGGGGAGAUCCUGAAGCAGAAAGCGGCUGAAGCUCACGUGGACGCUCAUUAUUACGAGCAGAACGAACAACCGACAGGAACCUGCGCAGCCUGCAUCACCGGGGACAACAGGUCUCUGGUUGCUAACCUGGCAGCUGCAAACUGUUACAAUAAGGAGAAACAUCUGGAUCUGGAGAGUAACUGGAAUCUGGUGGAGAAAGCGAGAGUCUACUACAUUGCUGGUUUCUUCCUGACCGUAUCUCCGGAGUCAGUGUUGAAGGUGGCCAAGCACGCGAGUGAACACAACAAGAUCUUCAGCCUGAACCUGUCGGCUCCCUUCAUCAGUCAGUUCUUCAAAGGGCCGCUGAUGAGCGUCAUGCCCUACGUCGACAUCCUGUUCGGCAACGAGACGGAAGCAGCUACGUUUGCAAAGGAGCAGGGAUUGGAGACGGAUGAUAUAGAAGAGAUUGCGCACAGGGUGAAGCUCCUCCCCAAAGUGAACAAGAACAGACAGAGGAUUGUGGUGUUCACUCAGGGGCAGUAUGAUACCAUAGCCACUGUGGGUGAGAAGGUGACGAGGUUCCCGGUGUUGGACAUUGAUCAGAAUGAUAUUGUGGACACUAACGGAGCAGGAGACGCUUUUGUAGGAGGGUUCCUCUCUGAGCUGGUUCAGGAGAAAUCUCUGGAGCAGUGUAUCUAUGCAGGUCACUACGCUGCUAACGUCAUCAUCCAACGCUCCGGGUGCACCUUCCCCGAGAAACCGGACUUUCAUUAACAAGCCUCUCUCUCGUUCUCUCUCUCGUUUUCUCUCUCUCUCUCUCUCGCUCUCUCUCUCUUGCUCUCUCUCUCUCCCUCGCUCUCCAUAUCCACCUCUUUCUCCUACAUCUUAAGCGACAUGACUCCCGUGCCUCUACAUUUGUUUACAGUUGUUUCAAGGGCAUUCUUAAGCAAAAAAAACUAAAAGUUAUAAUGUCUUAAACUUGUUCGGUUGAGAACCAUGCAGAGUACAGCACUUCCCGAGCCGCCUCCAUGUAUCAGUGACAGGAAGUGAUGCGUGAGCUCAGAUUUUUACACACAUACAAGUCUUGGAGAAAGAAUCAAAGAUGAACUUUUUUUUUAGGUCCAAAUGAGACGUUCUGGUUGUAUAAAUCUAUGGAAAUGUUGCUGUAAGGCAUCGAUGGUUAGGUGUCUGGUGUAACUUUAUUAACUGGAGUGACUGAAAGACUUCGGUCUUCAUUGUUAGCUUAGCAGUGUUUGUGUUUGUUUCUUGCGGCACACCAAACUUUGAAAAAACACGCACAAAUGUUAAAUAUGCAUGAUGUAUGUCUUAAACAGUCUCUCUCCCUUUCUCUCUCUCUCUCUCUCUCUCUCUCUCUCUCACUCUCACACACACACACACACACACACACGCACACACACACACACACACACACACACUCCAAUAUACAUAUUAUAUCUAUAUUUAAAUACACACUACAAUAAAGAGGUCAUUAUUAUCCCUGUGUCA